AUGGUACUAAACUAUAAGGCCUUAAACGGCUUGGGACCUCAUUAUCUGACCGAGCGCCUCCUUCAAAUUAUAGCAUUUGAUGAGCUGAAGACUGACUACAAGAAUCCCAUAGACCAAUGUAAUACGCUUAACCCUACAGUUGAAAAGGUUAAAAAGAUUAAAAGAGUCAAAAUUGCAUUAAAGCUUGUACUUCCGGAGUACCUCAUCCAUGCGUUCUUCUGUGUUAUGUUUCUGUGUGCAACAGAAUGGCUUACACUGGGACUCAAUAUGCCUUUGUUGGCUUACCACAUUUGGAGGUAUAUGAGUAGACCUGUGAUGAGCGGACCUGGUCUCUAUGAUCCAACAACCAUCAUGAAUGCAGAUAUUUUAGCGUAUUGCCAGAAAGAAGGAUGGUGCAAACUAGCAUUUUACCUUCUAUCUUUUUUUUACUACCUAUACGGCAUGAUUUAUGUUUUGGUGAGCUCUUAAAAGAUGACACCUUAGCAGACUUGGUUCCAGUGAAGUGCAUGCAGAAAAGCCACACUACAGUGGAUUAUUUUUGAAGAUUCUGGUGUCAAGACUCAAAUCUGUGGACUCGGAUGAUGACAGUUGCAAUAGAGGAGUGGAAACGCCUUCCUCUCUCAUUCCCCCAUCCCAUCCCCCAGAUGUACCCAUUCUUUAAUACCCAUGGAAAGACUUAAAAAAUAUACUGGGAUGUUUAAAGUGAUGAGUAUUGCAUAUAAUUAAUGUAAAGCAAUUACCUCUGGCUUUGGACAGUUUUGACCUUGCACUCCAUAAGGAACAGCCAUACCCUCAAUUAUAAUUGUAUUAAUUGCUGUCCUUAGUAUGAUAGAGGAUUUUUGUUUAUUGGAUUUUAUAGUGCCUCAGUCGAGUUAUGGACUCCCAUCUAGCUGUCAGCUGUAUGUACCAAGUGCUUCUGAAGGACUGAAUGCUUUUCUGUAUGUUAUCUCUUAGGUAACCUCUGUGUGUCUUAUAGAUGAAUACAUGAGUACAACCACAGAAUUAUUGUAGUUCUAUUUUUUACACUUUGGAUAUUCUGUCCCUCUAAAAAUGUGCAUGGCUCUGUUUUUCAGUGGUAACAGCAAGCAGUGAAGUGAAUGUUCCUUGCUUUAAUGUUUUAAGCUAAGAGUAUAUGGUUAGAAAAGUAGAGUUGUUAGCAGAGGACUGUAGUUGUAAAACAACCUUUUUUAAAAAAAGGAAAGGCAUCUUGUGCAGUACAGUGCACAGGACUCCUGUACAAUGUGGAUCAACCAUGUUAGUAAACAUUAUUCUGAGGGUUUCCUAGUAGAAUGCAUACACUUUGCGAUAGGCACACAUGCAGCAAAGAUGGAUGAAUAUCCAGCCUGUUCAUUAGUGCAAUACAAUAACAAUAUCAGUUUUUCCCUACUUAGGGUUUGUCAGAGUGCUGUAGGAGAUUAAAAUGUUGGUUUUAGCCGCUUACUAGAUACACACUUCCAAUUUUUGAAGACAUUACCUUGAAAAAGUGCAUCUAGUUGCACAGCAACAGUGAGUGGAAAGUAGUCAUUGAGCCUGAUCAAGUACUUAGUUUCUUCUAGUUGUUGCAGUUUUUGCAAAGGUGAUCUUUGCUCUGAAACUUGAAGGUGAUUACCUGUUAACUAAGCAAGAACGUAAAUUUCAAAACAGAUUUGUUAGUCUUUCACCUAGCAUGGCACUAUGUCUUUGUACUCUUGCUUUCUAGAUUUAGCACACUUUGGAUUGUGGAGAAAGUAGACCACAAUCCAAGGUCAUUUAACUAAAAGAGUCCAACUGAAUUCAAUCUGCCCUUCCCUCUACUGAGCAUCUUACAAAUCUUUAAGGUCCAAGUCCACAGUGGUUGAUGUUCCUUGGAAUCAAGGUCUUCUAGAAGAUGAGAGAGCUACCUUUCACCACAAAUGGCCAGUAGAACCAGUCAUCAAUAUUUGAAGAAAGAUAGAGGUUAUUUUCUUGGUCUACAGAUGUAUAAAAAUGUCUCACCUCAGCCUGGUCUUGCCAUUGUCAUUUUCUUAAGAACGUAUCAAACACUAUUUUCUGAUUGUAUUGAAGAGUUUUGAAGCAAACUUUAAAGCUGGGUGAAAUAUAUCAGAAUUGUUUGAUGCUA